AUGCCCACUAGAACAACUGGGGAGGGAGUUUUUAACGUAUUGGACUCUUUUCUUCUUCAAUCACGCUUGUUAUGGAACCAGUGUAUUGGCAUAUGUACAGAUGGGGCGGCGUCAGUGACUGGUAUUCACUCAGGUUUUGUGGGGCAUGUUAAGAAAGCAGCACCUAAUAUCACUGCAACACAUUGUAUGAUUCAUCGAGAAGCCCUGGUUGAUAAGAAAAUGGAUGCUUCUUUGUCCGAAUAUAUUCAUAUCAUAUCAUAUCAUAUCAUAUCAUAUCAUAUCUAUCUAUCUAUCUAUCUAUGUUAUGUUCAUAUCUAUCUAUCUAUCUAUCUAUCUAUCUAUCUAUCUAUGUCAUGUUCAUAUCUAUCUAUCUAUCUAUCUAUCUAUCUAUCUAUGUCAUGUUCAUAUCUAUCUAUCUAUCUAUGUUAUGUUCAUAUCUAUCUAUGUCAUGUUCAUAUCUAUCUAUGUCAUGUUCAUAUCUAUCUAUCUAUCUAUCUAUCUAUCUAUCUAUCUAUCUAUCUAUCUAUGUCAUGUUCAUAUCUAUCUAUCUAUCUAUCUAUCUAUCUAUCUAUCUAUCUAUCUAUCUAUGUUAUGUUCAUAUCUAUCUAUGUCAUGUUCAUAUCUAUCUAUCUAUCUAUCUAUCUAUCUAUCUAUCUAUCUAUCUAUCUGCGGCAAUUUCGGCAAUAA